AUGAUAAUUGCACGGGUACCAGAGCGUAAAACCCAUGAUAUGCAGGAAAUCUUUCUGUUGCUGGACAAUGAGCAUUUUAACCUUGUCACCACGGCUACUGGGUUCUACUGCUCCCCCUACUUCUGCAAUGAUUGCGAUCGACCGUACCAUCAUAAAGAACGUCACCGCUGCGGAGGCAAGUGUAGAUUGUGCUACCGUGCCAAGAGCAAUUGUCUGGUGGAUAAUCCCGUCAACUGCACUGACUGUCACCGCCGCUUUCUCAACCAACAGUGUUUCGACAUACAUAAAAGAACAAGGAAAAACGGGAAAACCUACUGCCAGACCAUGUUCAUCUUCCAGAAAUGCGGAGUGUUUGUGAAUCUUUCCACUCGGGGUAAGGAUGCAAAGCAUCCGUGUGGUGAAAUUUACUGCAACACAUGCUACGGCUAUUUCCUCCAAGCCAACCAUUUUUGCUAUAUAAAGCCUCUGAAGGCGCCAACAACACCCUGGCUUGGCGAUGAAGAUAUGAAAUAUAUUUUCUUCGACUACGAAACCUACAAUGAUCCUGUGAACGGACACGUACCCUCGUGUAUUGUGGCGCAGUACGCUGACGGUUCCGAAGUCCGCUUUCCAGAAGACGGUCAGCCGAUGAAUACGGAAGUUGGUGAUGCUUUUGGUCGUUGGUUGCUUCAAGAGAAGCAUCGUGGGUUUACCGUUAUCGCGCAUAAUUUUCGGGGCUACGAUGGGCAUUUUGUCCUGAAGUAUAUGUUGGAUAAUGGAUUGGAAGGGGUGGAGGUCAUCAAACGGGGUACGCAACUGCUGGAACUGAAGUACCGCAAACUGGGCAUCCAAUCCCGAGAUACACUCAACUUCCGGGCACUGCGGUUGAGUCAACUACCGAAGGCGGUUGGUUUGCAGCUUGAAGUGCAGAAAGGUGAUUUCCCUCAUCGGUUUAAUAAGCCUGAGAAUUGGGAUAAAGUCGAUUUGCCUUGGCCCGAUCCGGAUCAGUAUAUGAUUGAUGGGAUGCGGAAGCAGCAGAAAGCUGGAUUCCUCAAGUGGCACGCUGAAGCAAAAGCCGCCGCUAAUCGAGUAUUCAACUUUCGCGAGCAGAUGAUGACGUAUUGCUCGAACGAUGUUACGGUCUUGCGGCUCUGUGCGUUGAAGUUUAUCAACGACUACCGUAUACUCACUUCGUUGAAUCCCAUGGAGAGCAUAACCAUGCCCGCCGCCUGCUAUCGCUACUGGAAAACCUUUCACCUUCCUGAAAACAAAGUCGCUGCCUUAGCCAGCCAUGGUCCUCACAGAAACCGACGCACCAGUAUCCAGGCCGCGCAAUUGCUAGAAUGGGAGAAUAUGAGUGCUAAUGGGCGCAUACGCCAUGGUCGAAACGGAAAAGAAGUCAAAAUUGGUCGAUACUUUGUAGACGGCCUCGACGAGGAAACCGAAACCGUUUACGAGUACAAUGGCUGUGUUUUCCAUGGGCAUCCCGCUUGCACCGACGAAAACGAUGUGGUCCCGUACUUCAAGAAGAAAAUGCGAGAAGUCUACGAAGAAUACCUAGAACGUGAGCGUUUUCUCGAAAGCCAGGGGUACACUGUGGAAGUGAAAUCGGGUUGUGAGUGGCUCAGAGAGCGGGAGGAUCCAUUUAUUGCCGGAUUUUUGCAGCACACGAACAUUCGAGAGCCAAUGAAUCCACGUGAUGCCUUCAAAGGCGGGAGGACAAACGCCAGUCGUCUGUUUUACGAAGUAAAGCAGGGGGAAGAAAUUAGACACUUUGACGUUGUCGGCCUCUAUCCCUUUGUGAACAAAACGAGGGCGUAUCCAGUUGGUCAACCUGAAAUAAUCAUAUCCAAUUUCAAGGAUGUCAAAGAUUAUUUCGGGCUUGUUUACUGUAAAGUCGCUGCACCGGAUGAAUGCCUGUAUCCAGUCUUACCGUUGACGAUCAAUGACAAACUGAUGUUUGUUCUAUGCAAAAAAUGCGCAAUGGAGAAAGUGACCAGCCGCUGUGUCCAUCCCGAUGAAGAACGGUCUUUCGGAGGGAUCUGGUGCACACCAGAGCUACAUCAUGCGGUGGAUGUGGGGUACCGGGUUGUCGAAAUGUACGAAGCCUGGCACUGGGCGCAGACAGACACCAAAUUUCUUGCGGCGUAUAUGAAUACUUUUCUGAAAGUGAAAAUGGAAGCAAGCGGUUGGCCUGCGUGGUGCGAUACGGAUGAGAAGAAGGCAAAUUUCAUUCAGAUGGUCAAAGACCGUGAAGGUAUCAUCCUGGACCCUGACGCCAUGGUUUUUGAUGCCGGAAGGAAGAGCACCUCCAAAGUCGCGCUGAAUAGUCUUUGGGGUAAGACUGCCCAGAGCUGCGAUAUGAAUUCCACGGAAUUCGUGUACGAUCCCAAACGAUAUUCUGAUCUGUGUCGUUCAAAAGCUAUUGAGAUUCAUGAUAUGUAUGGUGUGAGUCCAACGUGUCUGAUGGUAACACAUUCGAAAGUGGAUGACUUCAACGAAGGUGGCAAUGGAUCGAAUGUUGUUGUUGCCGCUUUCACCACAAGCCACGCACGUCUCAUCCUGUUGGACCUCAUGGAAAAGUUAGGUGAGCGACUUCUCUACUACGAUACGGACUCUGUGAUUUUCGUUCACCGCCCUAACGACUGGCUCCCUGAAACUGGUAGUAUCCUUGGUGACUGGGAUAACCAGCUAGAAGCUGGCGAAAACCAUAUUGUCAAAUUCGUCUCCUGCGGUCCGAAAGUCUACAGCUACGAAACAGAUACGGGACGCAUUGAAAUAAAAGUGAAGGGAAUGACGCAGAACGGGUUUACGGAAGAUAUUCUGGAUUGGGACUCGGUUACGAAGGAGCUGACAAGGACCGGCAAGGCGUUGGAUUUUAACCAGCUGAAGCGACUGCUGGAGGGUGUGGAUGAACAUGUGCAGGUCGUGUAUCCGGAAUACAUCAAGCGGAAUGGAAAAACGCAAGAAAUUAAUACUGUUCAAUUGGCUAAAAAGUUGAAACUUGUGUACGAUAAACGCAUCAUGUUAGAUGAUUUCACAACGCUGCCCUUUGGCACGCGAUAG